UCUAAAGUUAAAGGUGACGAGAGAAACCUGAAGCGACCGAAGUGUUAAUAAGCGAAAAAAAGUAAUGAAACAAGAUUGUUAAACUUCUUACAUUACCUGCGAUUAUUAUUAUGAAUAAAAUUGAUACAGUAUUAUUAAUACAAGAAGUGUCAUUGAAACCUGUGCUAUGGGAUAAAUAUCAGUCUAGCUAUAAAGGCAGAAAUGCUACAAAAUAUGCAUGGCGCGAAGUGUGCAGAAAGCUCAACCCAAAGUUUGGAGAACUUAAAACCAUAGAUCAAGAUGCAUUUUUUGCAGAAGUAAUCAAGAAAUGGACUAACCUUAGAGACUCCUAUUUAAAGUAUAAGAAAAAACUGAAAGUGAAUACAAAAAAUGGAUCUUUAAGAAUAAAAAUGAAAAAGUAUAUAUAUGCUGAUCAGCUGGAAUUUCUAACCCCAAUUUUUAAUCAAUCAAAUAUAAAUGAAAAUAAAAAGAUUAAUAAAGAAAAAGAUCAUACAACGACAGAAGCUGAAGAUUCAAUUUCUGAUUUAAAAAUUUCAAAACCAUCAACAAUCACCAAAAAUAAAAUAAAAAUUAAAAAAAAUAUCAAAACUUAUGACAAAGUUUUGAAAGAUACAGAGGAGGAAAAACCCUGUAGUAAAAUGGCUUUCUUACAAAGUCUCAUGCCUCAUCUGGAAAAAUUUAAUAAUACAGAAUUCCUGCAAUUUCAAAUGGGAACUUUAAAAGUUAUAGAAAUUAUAUAUAAAACAAACUCCCAGCAAGUUCCAACAUAUUUUCAAUCAAAUUUCAUCAAUGAACCCUCUUCUUCUGUCCAAUUCAUCACACCUGAUCAUAUUGAGCCUUUAUCAGUGACAAAUGUAGAACCUAUAUCCAUAUCACCUAUAAUUUCUGGAGAUAGUCACCAAGCUUAUUGUUUUGAUGAGAAUUCCGCCUUGAAAGAUGAGGAUGACAGUAUUGAUAUUAAUAUGUUAAUCUAA